UGUCACAUCACUAGUAAAACCUCUGACAUUCUCAACAAAUGUAAACAUAUUGAUUUGUUGUAUUUUUAACUCAUUUUAUUGACUUGCGGCAAAGGUUCAUUACAAAAUGGACCAGGAGACCGCGAAGAAGCUCCUCGUCGAGGGCGGGACCUUCGUUUUUCUCGGAGUACCAGAGGAAACGCAGUUUGGCAUUGACAUGCAAUGCUGGAACACUGAUGAGGAUUUCCGUGGAAUUAAGAUGAUUCCACCGGGUUUGCAUUACGUGCAUUACUCCGCGGUCAGCAAGAGUACCGGGGACGUCUGCCCAAGGUCUGGAUUCAUGCAUUACUUCCACAAGAAAGAGUUUCUCGUAAAGAUGUGGGACAAGAAGACGGAAGACAUAAGCACAGAGGAGAUAAGCGAGGAGAGCAUCCAGCGGUUGAAGGACAACCUGUUCAACUUGGACCGGCACCUCGCUCCGUACCCUUACGAGAUAUGGCAGAAAUGGAAGCUGCUUACGUCACAGAUAACAGCUGAACUCGCAACAAAACUAUCUCCAGAAAAGGGUAUCAUCCGAGCCUCAGUGGAACUCCUCUCCAUGACGGAUGAAGACCGGCCGCGAGGCACCAAGUCCGAGUCAAUGGAGAGCCAGGAGGACCCUGAAACACCGACUGAGGAGGUAGCGGAAGAGACUCCGGGACAGUCCGAUGCUAAGAGAGCCAAGAGAGUUACUAGGGCUGAGAAAGAGAAUGCGAUGUUACCGGACUUGAAACCUGUACCAGGCGCUUCAAUGAGGUUCACAGAAAUACCGCAAGACAAAUACCCACCGGGUUCCACUCCAGAAGAGAUCACCAAGCAUUACUUAGACCAGUCCUACUCUUUAGAGCUGAUGAUCGCGCAACACGAUGAGCCCCUGCACAUCAUCGGGGAGUUGCAACUAGCAUACCUUUGCUUCCUAAUUGGGCACUCCCUCGAAUGCUUCGAGCACUGGAAGAGCCUCGUUAUCCUCCUCUGCUCAUGCGACGACGCCAUCCACAAAUACAGAAGCGUCUUCUUCCACUUCAUCAGAACAAUUGAGAUACAAAUCGAAGAGAUGCCUGAGGACUUCCUAGCAGACAUUGUCAUGAACAAGAACCUAGUCUAUAAGAAGCUAAGAGAGUUCUUCAGAACAGCUUAUGUGAGUAAAGUUGAUGGACGACUCCUCACAAUGAUUGAACGAUUCAAGGAGAAUUUAACAGAGAAAUUGCAAUGGGAUUUCACGGGAUUGGAUGCCGAUGAUGAAGAUGAGAGACCCGUUAUUGUUAAAUUGGAUGAUACGGAGUAGAUAUGAAUGUUUGACCGUAUCGAAACAAUUGGAAUUAUUGAAAUGUACCCGAAGUCCCGGAGACUGUAAUGUAACGCCAACGUGGAGGUCAAAUAAUCCGUUUGUAUGGAUUGAAUGGUCUGAGAUUGAACAAAAUCCAUUCAAAUAUUGAGCAGCCUGGGCAAAAAAAUUCAUAUUAUAUUCAGUUUCCGUAAAUGCAUUAUUUUUCAAAUAGUAGCAAUGUUAGGUGUAUUUGCUUGUUAUUAAAUAUAAUAUGUAUGCAUUUUUAGGUAUCUUUAGCAUUAAAUUUAUCGGAAUGUGAUGUGAAUUGAUAUUAUUUUAUAUCUUUAUUUUUUUAACAAACAACUAUGUAUGUUAGCAUAUAUUGUGACAUAGUUUAGACACAAAACAGAUAGGUACAGAAGUCAAUCACAUGUAUGUACUUUACUUUUCAUACCUACGCUCGGCGGUUGCUCUAGGGUUGCAAUUGUUGCGAACUAUGACUUAUGCACAAAAAAUCUAAUCUAAAAAAUCUAUCAUUAACCUAUUAUUAUAUUAUAUUUCAUAUUAAUGGAAAUAUAAAUUAAUAAUAACAUUAAUAACUCAAAUAGGUAUUUUAAUUUUAAUGUCAUUGUUAUAUUUCAAACUUGCCACAGAAAAUAUCUUGCGAUGACUUCGAGAUUGGCGAAAUGCACGAUUAUUAUAUUUUAAUGUGUAAUAAAUUCGCAUUCUCAUAUACAAUGUAAUAAAUUCGCAUUUGCAUUCUCUCUGAAACCACUGGUAGCUUAAAAAACGUCAAUUCACCGUUUAAUGUUGAAUUUAAACAACCGUCCACUGGACAUUUAUAAUAACUUUUUGUUUUGAUUCUCCAUUAUUGCACAAAAAAGUUCACAGACGCGUGUCUUAAGCGGAUGGCACUCGCGCUCGCAGUGGUCCCAACUGGUCCGAGAUAUCGUGUCCGUGAGCAGUGUCUAUGUGUGCGUUGCUCGAGCGCACUUUGUAUGUAGAUUGAUUUCUGUACCUAUCUGUUUUGUGGUUUAGACGUGUUCUAACAUUGUAAAACUCCGAUAUAUUUAAUGUUAGUGAAAUCUGCGACAUUUAGUAUUUAUCUGGGUUUUACCCAGUUAUAGGUGGUGCCAAGUGGGGAUUAUGUAGCCUAGUAAGCUAGCAGACCCACCCACAUUUACUUAAUCAUAUUUCUACCUAAAUGUUUAGUACAAUUACUGUUUUAUUAGCACAUUAUUACUUCUGUUUAGCUGUCUCUUCAUAUUACUUGUAUUUAGAUGUUUUUCUAUUAAGGACUUUUUCAAAUGAUUCGUCAGUAGUGUACAUAUCGUAAGCCAAAAUAAAAUCAUUUUGGACUUAACUCUUUGAACGCCACGCAUAGCGCGUGGUGUAUUCCCAUCUGUCCCCGUCUCUUGUAUGGCAGCGGUCACGUGGGACGGGGACAAAUGGGAAUACACCCGGCGCGUCGUCAUGUACCUUUUCGAAAUGCACAAUGAUGGAUUGGGCUUUAGCCAGGCGUGGCUCACUCCGCGAUUUCGUCGCUUUGCUACAGGUAGCUAAAGGUACAUCCGUUCCACACCAAUUUAGGUGGCUAGCCAUAAGCCGCGCGUGGUGCUGUCGCCACCUAGCGGCCAUAUCUGUCUUGAUCGUAACAGACUCGCUUUGUUAGAGAGUGAGUCUUAUGUACCUAGUACUAUUAUUUAUUCUGUGCUUUAGCCGCGCGCGUCAGUUGAAGUUUGGCGUUCAAAGGGGUAACUCCAGCGCCACUAGGUCGACACCGACAGUGAAAUAGAUUCCCACAUAAACCUAUUCCUGUCCUGUCAUACAAAAACGCACAUAAAUAUUUUGUGGGAAUUGCGGUUCUAAAUUAAAUGUUUUGAAUUACCAAGUGAUAUUGAGUCGUGAAUAAAUAAACGUCCGUAACUAUCACAGUUGUAAGAAUUCUUCAUUCGCGACGUUUGUGAGUACAAUAUUUUAUUUUAUGAUUGAUAUAUUUAGUACCUAUACCCUCCUAAGGCCCAGCCAUACAAAAGAAAAAUGCAAAAUUUGCCACAGAAAUUUGAACCUACAAUGUAGAAAAUAGAGUUGAUUUUGCGUUGUUCAAAAACUAAACUAAACAAAGAAAAAGCAACUCUGUUCCAAUCGAAUAUGAUUUAAAUUUCAUUGAACUGAAUAAGUACUAUAGGUAGGACUUUGGGCCUUACUUACCAUCACGGCUCGAUGAUCUUGCUAUUUUGUUAUAAUGAUUUGAUUAAGCAUAAUGAAUCAUAAGUAGUACAGUUUAGAACUGUAGUUUUAUGUACUGUGUACAUCCCUAGGAUCCAGAUCAAUAACUGUAGACAAUCCUUUUGUGAUCCCUGCCCCAAUAAUAUACCAAUGUCAAUUUUAAACUAGAUUCUAGGUGUUUUUGAUCAAUAUUAGCUUUAGUGCAAUAAAUAGACGUUAUUUUCUGAUCAUCUGUGAAUUCUAUUUCAAUUGUAAGUACAUUAAUUAUAAUAAAUAAAAUGUACCUGUCAAAUGUUUUUUCGUUUUUAAUGGAAAAAUAAAAUCGCUAUUUAUAAACA